AUGUCUUCAACAACAAACAUUACUGCUACUACUACUGCAACAACAAGUGUGGAAAGAAUUCCCUACACCAAGUACAGAAAGUUUGGAAACACUGGCUUACGAGUUUCUCCCAUUUGUUUUGGUUGUAUGAGUUUCGGAACACCAAAAUGGCAAGAUUGGGUCUUGGGAGAGGAGGAAUCGAUGAAGUUAUUGAAGAGAGCCUAUGAGUUGGGAAUUAACUUUUUCGACACUGCUGAUAUGUACAGCAAUGGAGAGAGUGAAAGAAUUUUAGGAAAAUUCCUCAAACAAAACAACAUUCCAAGAGAACAAGUCGUGAUUGCCACCAAAGUGUAUUUCCCUGUGGAUAAAUCUGGUGAACAAAAACGUUUGUUGUUUACACCUGAGAAGGUUGUUCCAAAUACAAGUGGACUCUCUAGAAAGCAUAUUAUGCAGGCUAUUGAAGAUUCUUUGCAAAGAUUGGGAACUGACUAUAUUGAUUUGUACAUUAUUCAUCGUUGGGACAACAACACCCCAAUCGAAGAAACUAUGGAAGCAUUACAUGAUCUUGUGAAAUGUGGAAAGGUCAGAUACAUUGGUGCUUCUACCAUGUGGGCUUGGCAAUUCGCCAAAGCUCAAUUCAUUGCUGAAAAGAGAGGUUGGACCAAAUUUGUCUCAAUGCAAAAUUUGUACAAUUUGAUUUAUCGUGAAGAAGAAAGAGACAUGAUUCCAUUGUGUCGAGAUUUGGGUGUCACCAUUACACCAUGGUCACCCAUUGCCAGAGGUAUUUUGGCACGUGCUCAUGAAUUUGCUAAUACCAAUGACUUUAGAGGCACCACUGUUCGUGCAACUACAGAUCCAUUUUUGAAAACGUUCGAGAAUGCUGUGGAAGAAAGUGAUAAGGAAAUUUUGAGACGUGUUUCUGAAAUUUCCAAGAAGAAGAAUGUCACACCUGCUCAACUUUCUAUUGCUUGGUUGUUGCAUAAACCAGGAGUUUCUGCUCCUGUGGUUGGAGCCACUAAAUUGGAAAAUGUAGAUUUGAAUGUUGCUGCUGUGAAUAUCGAGCUCAGUGCUGAGGAGUUGAAAUAUCUUGAAGAGCCUUACAAAGCAAAGGCUGUUCAAGGCGGAUUGCAAUAA